AUGGGGACUUACAACUUGUGGACCGAUUACCUGGGUUUGGCAAAGCUGGUUGGGAGUCUGCGUAGAGAAGAAGAACCAGAGGUCAGGCUGGAUGAAGCCCAGCCCAAGGCAGCAGCACUAGCAACCCCUGAGUGCCAGGAGCCCCAAGCCACCAGCCCCUCGCCAGCUCCAGAUCGCCUGUGUUCUUUCUGCAAACACAACGGUGAAUCCCGGGCCAUCUACCAGUCGCACGUGCUGAAGGAUGAGGAGGGCCGGGUUCUGUGCCCCAUCCUGCGGGACUACGUGUGCCCCCAGUGCGGUGCCACACAGGACCGUGCCCACACCCGGCGCUUCUGCCCACUUACGGGCCAGGGCUACACCUCCGUCUACAGCUACACCACCCGCAACUCGGCGGGCAAGAAGCUGGCCCGGCCAGACAAGGGGAGGGCUCAGGAUGCUGGCCACCGCCGAGGAGGAAAAGGAGGACCGGCUGCAGGUGUCCAGGGGAUGGGGUGUGGAGGGGAUCUGUCCCAGGCUCGCUUCCGAUGCUCUGUGAAGUGGGGUUCCAAGGGCGCGGGCAGUUCUGCGGGACCUUCGGCCUCCAUCUGA